AUGCAGACUGGACACCGAAAUGAUGGAUCACUGGUGGAGAUCCGCAUAUCAGACUUCCUCUCAAAUGUGGCACCUGGCCAUGAGCCGACAGAUGAAGCUCUUGCAGUUUUCCGCGCCAAGUCCUUUGAGAGGAGUACCACGACAAAGAAUGAAUGGGAGAUGUAUACUGGGUUUGCCGAUAUUCGGACAACAAAGGAGGCGACCCCCGCGGGCAAAUGCGACCGGAUGUCAUCCUAUAUCCUGCCAAUAGAGGCUCAGGAAGCUUAUUCGCUCACUGAAGGCGAGCUGAAAACAGCGGAGAAUGUAAUGCAAGAACAGAGGACGUUUCUCGCGAGACCGUCUUGGGCUUGGGCUUCCCUAGUCAUAGAGUUCAAGACGGAGAGUGGCGGUCAUCCGUUUACGUUCUCCGCAUCUGAGAUAAUCUUCCUGACCGCCGAUGACGACCGCCUGACCAGAGGUCAAAUCAUCAAUUAUGCAGCUGCCGUCUUGCAUAACCAGCCCCGUCAAUUCUGCUUCAUGAUUGUCGUUUCCGGGUGUCGUGCUCGCCUGCUCAGAUGGGACCGCUCCGGGGCGAUUGUCUCUGAGUCGUUCGAUUUCGUCCACGAAGACAAGGAAACCAUGUUCCGGUUCCUCUACAAGUAUGGCUCUAUGGCUAGGCAUGAGCGAGGAUAUGAUCCGACCGUUACCGCAGCAACAAAGCAAGAGGUGCAAGACAUGAAGGCAAAGAUCACAAAGAACAGGGAUGGUCUACACCCGGUCGACCCUGUACGCGGUACCGACAGUCAUGAGUCUGGGCGUGGUAUUAUCUUCGCAAAACCACACAAGAGUAGUGGAUCACCUAUAGGACGCGGGAUGCAAGGAUAUGUUGCUUACAAUGUGGACGAGAAGCGCUUGGUCUACCUGAAAGACAGCUGGAGAUUUGCGGAUGUAAUACCCGAACACAAGACGUAUAUCAAGCUCUGGCAGAACGAGGUUCCUUACAUCGCUAAGCCCAUCAGCGACGGUGAUGUGUUCGCGGGUACCGAUGCUCAGGCUCGUCCUCGCGUCCAAUACACGCUGACGCAAGACUAUCUCAGGAAGCGCGGCAACGCGAAGAGCAAAUCGAAGGCACGUAUUCACUAUCGCAUUGUUUUUGACGAGGCAGCAUGGCAGAAAGCUGAGGUUCUCCAUCGUGACCUCAGCGUUUCGAAUGUCAUGACGAAAGACAUCAUUCCCAGCGAUGGGAGGCGACGCGUCCAGGGUGUGUUGAACGAUUGGGAUCUAUCCAAACUAAAGAAAGAGUCGGAGAAAGGUUCGAGUCAAGUGCAUCGUUCGUAUUCGGAACAGAAGAAGCACGAGGUCUCUGACGACCUGGAGUCAUUCAUACAUGUCACCAAUUGGCUCACUCUCAAGUGGCACUGGCAUGCGCUCACUGGCGAGCCGACGCUUCUGAAGGACUAUGUCCAUAGGACGUACGAUGCAUACAACACCGACCAAGGAUACAAUGACGAGAUUCAGCGCAUGAAAUCACAGCGGAUCUUACGCAGUCAACCAAAUCAGCCAUCAGAAUCGAAGAGGAAGACCACGGUUUGCAUCAAGCUUGAGGAUGAUCUCCCGCACUUCCCCGUAACAUCGCAGCGUAGAGAUGCCAGUCCGCCUGAGGGGUCGACGAUCACAGAAGCAGUGAGGCCGCCUCUUGACGACCAUGACAGUCUCAUUCAGAUCUUCCAAGCACGUCCUGAGUGCCGAUAUAGAAUGCUGCGACAAAGUGGAGACCGACCAAUUUGCGUCGCUCAUCGAGGAAUCCUGAACUCGCACAACGAAGCGAAAAUUUUGUGUUCUACAGACGGCGAGCCGAGACCCAAGCGAUCGAGGCAAUCAUCUUUGAAUGAUGUGAAGCGGCCAGCGCGCCUACACACGGAGGGCCCGCUGUCCAUACUAUCGCGGAAGAGCGGCAGCUAUAGCCUUAUCACCAGUCGACGAGAGUUUCAUCACGGGCGGGGAAGGCGCCUCUUCCAGAGAAUGAGCCUUUCCGAAGCCGUAGUCAUGACCUGA